GUUGUGUUUGACGGUACCGAGGCGUGAAGAAGUGAGCACAGGUCUGUAAAUAUGUAACCGCUCAGUCGGCGAACAUUGUAGUGUUUCCACCGGGAGAAAGAAGUAAGAUGGACACCCAGAAGAAGUUGUGGCUCCGCGGUCUGCUCUGGUGGUCGCUGCUGCUCGAACUGUCGUCCGGAGCUUCCUUCUAUGGUGAUGGCUUUGUACAGCUCAAGGCAACAGAGUCGUCCGACCAUAACACACUCCGCAUUCGCUUCCGAACCUCCAGCACCAAUGGCCUGCUGUUUCUCGCCGCUGGCCAGACCGACUUCUUCCUACUAGAGCUCCAUGCUGGUCGCCUGCAGCUGAAGCUUGACCUUGGAUCGGGGGAGCAAGUGUUACAAUCAGAGAGAGGCUCUCAGGUCAACGACUUGGCCUGGCACUCUGUGGAGGUUCACCAUGUGCAGCAAAAUAUCACUCUGACUGUAGACAAGAACUCUCACACCAGUACAAAGAUGCCCGGCUCCCAUCACAAUCUCCAAGUUUUAGAUGGUAUCUAUGUAGGAGGCUCAGGAGGCCUGGAUAGAAGUUAUCUCCCCAGAGAUCCGAUUGGUUUCCGAGGCUGCAUGGAGGAUGUGGUCUUCAACGAACACAACCUGCUGUCAUCAUUGAGGCCAUACACGGGAUUUAAGAAUGUCUAUGAGGUGUCUUUAGGCUGCAGUCCUCAAUUCUUUGCCACAGAGGAUGACCCAGUCAGCUUCUUCAGCUCCAGGGCUUAUAUUUCUCUUCCAACCUGGAGCACCCAGCAAGAAGCAGUAUUUGAGUGUGUUGUGCACACUUCAGCAAAAGAGGGAAUUAUUUUGUACAGUUCAGCCAGAGAAGGGGACUUUGUUGCUGUGGAGAUUCAGGAGGGCUUGCCAGUGGCCAUUGUUGGAAGAGGUGGGACAAAAACUGAGCUUCGUUCCCUUACAUUCAUCAGUGACAGGAAAUGGCAUUCUAUCAAGUUGAAUUUCAGUUCAAAAAGCCUUGAGCUCACCGUCAAUGGAGAGAUGGUGAAAAGCAGCAUUAGCUCUCGCUCCAAGGGGCUUCAGCUUAAAGGUUAUCUUUUUGUCGGAGGUAUUGAUGACAGCACCAGAGCAGAAGUCAGAAAGGUAGGACUCGUUUCUGUUUCUGGAAGGCGAGUCAGAGGAGGUUCAUUUAAAGGAUGUUUGAAGAACAUUGAAGUUAACAAAGUGAAGAUGGGUCUCUCCAGUGCUGUAGUCACCAAGGAUAUCUCAGUUGGUUGUGAGCCAGAGAAAGAACCAGAACCAUCAACCACAAUGAGUCCAACAAGUGCUCCAGGAUCCCUCUUUCACUUGGUGACACCAACACCGUCACUUCACAUGUCCACCUUAGCAAGGGGCAUGGACCGAAGGUAUGGCUCAAAUUUUGUGCAGCUCAAAAACCUUGUGGUCCAGGAAGGUGGUCGAGCAUCUCUUGAGGCUAAACAUGUCAAGGUACUUUUGGACUUCAAGAAGCUUGGCAUUCGACAGUCCCAGAUUAUGUUCAGAAUUCGGGAGCAACCAAUUCAUGGUCAGAUAAGGCUUGAUGUUGACCAGGAUCAAGAGGAGAACACUUUCAGUAUGUUGGAUCUUUGGCAUGGACGAGUGAUGUAUAUCCAUGGAGGCUCUGAAGAACCAGAUGACUUCUUUAUGUUUUCAAUUUAUUCCAGCAGUAGAAAGCAGGUUCCUGAUUAUCUUAAGGGCAACAAAUUGUACCGCUACAAUAUUACUGUGACACCCACCAAUGAUGCACCUGAAUUAAGUCUCCCUGAAGGAAAUCUCUUUGUCCUCUUGGAGAACACAAAGAAACGCCUCACCACAGAUAUUCUGAAGGCCACAGACAUUGACAGUCCCUACACCGACCUUGUCUUUUCUGUGCUUGGGAGCCUUAAUGCUGAUGCAGGAUAUUUAGAAUUAGAAAACAACCCUGGCAAGGUAGUGACCUCAUUCUCAUAUUUAGACUUGGAGGAGCUAAGGGUGUACUAUGUUCACACAGGGGUUCGAAACUCAAGGAUAGUUCUUAGAGUUAGCGAUGGGGAAAAGGUGAGCAACACUGUGGUUCUAAGGGUCAUGGCUGUAGCGUUGGAGUAUAAGAUUGCCAACAACACAGGCAUGGAGAUUGUUCAAGGAGACUCAGCAGUAAUUGGUUCAAAGCAGCUGGCUGUGCAGACCAAUGCUGUGAAACAGGUUGUAGACAUCCGUUAUGAUGUUAUUGAGCCCCCUCAGUAUGGAGAACUCCAGAGACUUCACUCAAGUGGUGAAUGGAGGCAUACUGACUCGUUUUCCCAAAGGCUUCUAGAAAAAGAGCGCCUGAGGUAUGUCAGCACUUUUCAAGAAAUCCAGACGUCCAGUGCCAAUGAUUACUUUAAGAGCAAAGUUAAUGUGGCUGGAAGGGCAACCACUGAGAUUCUCUUCCCAAUCACAGUAAAGUGGGUGAAGUACUAUUUAGUGAGGAAUGUCAUGAUAGACAUGGAUAAAGCCAGAAAAGGGUCUCUAAACUCUGACCAUCUUUUCGCCACAGCCGAAGGUGUGACGAUCUCAGAGGAUGACCUUUAUUUUCGGGUUCUCACCAUACCAAAGAAAGGUAAACUCCUGCUCGACACCACAGUCUUGAGGAAGAACUCAACAUUUAGCCAAAGAGAUGUGACAGAUCUAAAAGUAUAUUACGAGCUAGUUGACAGGCCUUAUGAGGAUACCAGUGACAGGUUCAAAUUUCAGCUUAUUUCCAGACAUGCUCAGUCACAAAACUAUGAUUUCCAGUUUUCCAUCAAAGCUGAUGUCAACAAUGUGUUUAUGCGAAAUGAUGGCCUUUCACUUCUCGAGGGUGAAAGUAAACUUAUCACAAAAAAUGAGCUGUUUGCGGAGACUUUGAGUACAAAGGAGAUGUACUACACAGUCACAAACAGCCCCAAACAUGGAAAGCUUGCCCGUAUUAGUCAGUCAAAUUCCAAUGCUAGCUACAACAAUAUCCUAACCUUCACUAAUCAGGAUAUCUUAGAGGAACGUAUAAUGUAUAUCCACGAUGACAGCGAAACAACCCAAGAUGAGUUCACUUUCAUAGCCUCAACCAGCCAAGGGUUCAAAUCUUCCAUAGCAGAAGACGAGAUUGGCUCCAAAGAAGGAAUAUUCAAUAUUUCUAUCCAGUUACUCAAUGACCAAAAGCCGGUACGUGUUAUUGAUAAAGUUUUCCAUGUAGUAAGGGAUGGACAGAAGUUACUCACUAUUGAGGAUUUGCGUUAUCAUGACGCAGACGCUGACUUUGAUGAUGGUCAAUUGAUUUACACUCGACGUGGGAUCCCGAUGGGAGACCUUGUGCUGGUUAAUGACACUACUCACCGAUUGUUCCAGUUUCGACAGAAGGAUUUGGAAGAAAAGCGAGUGUUGUUCAUUCACAAGGGUGUGAGCACUGGCAGGUUUGUACUCUUUGUCUCAGACGGAAAGCAUUUUAUAUCAAGCCUUUUAGACAUCAGUGCACAUGACCCUUUCCUGAGGGUUGGCAACAACACUGGCCUUCUGGUUCAGAAGGGCAAAUCUGUAACCUUUUCUUCUAGUAAUUUUAGUGUCAUAUCAAAUUUGGACAUCAGAGAUGAUCAGGAGGUCAUCCUCAAAUUAGAUGAAGCUCCAAAGUAUGGAGGACUUUACCGGAGUGAAACAAAGGUGGACUCAUUCUCACAGGCUGACUUAAAGGACGGGCUCAUCUCGUAUCGGCACAAUGACAGCAAACACCAGGGAGACCAUUUCAACUUAACAGUGAAAGCCAAAGGUCUUCAACUUGCAGUGAGGAUUAAUGUGAAGGUUUACCUGGAAAGUCAUCAGAGGCCACCUAUUGUGCAGCAUCACAACAGCUUACUGGUAGAAGAGGAAAAACCAGUGAAGAUCGACGAAACUAAACUAGAGGUCACUCACGAGGACAACCUGCCAUCUGAGAUUGUAUUCACCAUCAAGGUAGCCCCCUCUCAUGGCUUUCUCCGGCGUUUUGUCAAGGAGCGCUACAUCGGAACCAAACAAUCCCCUGUCAAGACAUUUACCCAGGAGGACAUUAACAGUGGGAACAUCCAGUACAUGCAGGUGGAGCCUGGCAAAGUCAACGACACUUUCAUCCUCGAUGCUACCAACGGGGUCACUGAUGUCAACGACAUUAGGAUGUCUGUUGACAUCAUCCCACGCCUCAUCCCACUUCAGGUCUCUAAUAUCACUCUGGACGAGGGCGCCUCCAAGGCACUGACCAUGGAUGUGCUCAGAGUUACCAACCGACAUUUUGCUGGAGUCAACUUCCUGUACAAUUUGACUGUGCCCCCGCAGCACGGUCACAUUGAGCACUCCCGACUACCCGGUGUGGCAAUAACCUCUUUCAGCAGGAGGCAGGUGGAACACGAAUUCAUCUACUAUGUCCAUGACAGCAGCGAAACCUUAGCUGACAACUUCUCCGUGGUCGCCAACGAUACAGGCCUGAGGAAGCAGAGUGCACCCCAAACGGUGUACAUCCAGGUUACAGCUGUCAACGAUGAGCCUCCUGUUAUUACAGCCAACAGGGUCCUCAGGGUUUGGGUGUCCUCAGUGACAGAGAUCAGGCCGGAGGAUCUAAGGGCACAGGACCUGGACUCGCCCCCGCAGGAACUACAUUUCAUGGUGACCCCACCCAGUAACGGACAUCUGGCCCUGAAGAGCGCCCCCAUGAAGGAAGUGCUCAACUUUACCCAGGCACACAUAGACCAGGGACAGCUACUGUUUGUUCACAAAGGCGCCAUGUCAGGAGGAUUCAACUUCCAAGCCAAUGAUGGUGUGAACUUCACUCCCAGGCAGAUCUUCAGCAUUACUGCCAGAGCUUUGGUCCUCAGUUUGGAUAUAAACCGUCCGCUCAAGGUGUUUCCAGGCUCUUCUACACCCAUCACAAAUGAGGAUUUACAAGUAGUGACCAAUGACAUCAGUAACACCUCGAGCCGCGUAAUUACGUUCACUGUGAUUCGCCACCCCAAACUUGGACGCCUGGUGAUGAGGAACCCUGAUAAUUCAACAGUGGACAUCUCCACUUUUACACAAGACAUGGUAAACAGGAAAGAGGUUGUGUACAUUCAAACCCCCAUCGAGUCAGUGGGCUGGGAAGCCAUGGACUCCAUGACCUUCACUGUUACUUCACCGCCCACUUCUCUGGACAGCCAGACCUUCAAAAUAGACAUUUCAUAUGAGAAUACUGGACCUGAACACAAGACAGUCCUGCUUGCAAACACAGGUGCUGAGGUGACAGAAGGGGAAAGUGUCAUCAUUGAUGAAUCCAAGCUGGAUGCCACUAACCUGAUGUCUAAGCUGCCGACACCUCAGCGGAGCUCCCAUGAGGUCUGGUUCCAGGUGACGUCUCUGCCUCAGCAUGGUGUCAUAGUUGUGGGUGAGAGAAACCUCACCAAGGAGAAACCAAAUUUCUCCCAGUUCAUUGUUAACAAAUACGGUAUCACCUACAAGCACGACAACUCGGAGACAACUCGUGAUUCUUUCCUGUUCAGCGCAUGGAUAAAUCCCAAGGGCAAAACAGCGCAGCGCCCUCAAGAUGAUGAAGAUGUUGUUGAGGAGUGCUUCAAUAUUACAGUCACACCCGUAAAUGACCAGCCACCUUUGCUGAAAACCAAAGCUCCAAGUCUGAGGGUGGUACAAGGAGAUACAGUAGCCAUCAGGCCUGAGAAUCUCAAAGUGGAAGACUUGGACAAUCCUCCUGAUGAUAUUAAGUUCUCUGUGAUUAGUAAGCCAAACAAUGGUUACUUAGCUCUUGAAGGAAGUCUGAACGAGUCAAUAGUGGCCUUCACCCAAGCCCAAAUUAAUAACGGAAGUGUCUAUUUUAUCCAUGAUGGAAGCUCCAUCUCGGGAGUGUUUUACUUCAGUGUCACAGAUGGCCAUCAUAAACCAAUAUAUAAACUCUUCAACCUAGAAGUAACAGAAAUCACCAUUUCUCUGGUCAACUACUCUGGUUUGACACUGGAGCAAGGCAAGACAUCAGUAUCACUGACCCAGGACAGCCUUGCUGCUCAGUCAAAUGGGAAAAACGUCACCGUUCACUACCAGAUUACACGGCCCCCAAUCUUUGGCAAACUUUUGAAGGACAACCAAGAGAUAACACGGUUCGAGCAGGAGGACCUCCAGUCUGGAAGGUUGUCCUACCAUAUGAUCUCCCUUUCCUCUGCAGAAGACAGCUUUGAGUUCACUGCCUUUACUUCAGAGACCAAUCUGACCGGCCAAGUACUAAACAUAACUGUCAGACCUUUGAUCAAGGUUGGUAAUGGUUUGAGGAUUCCUAAUGGGAUUGCUGUCAGACUCAACACUGGCUUUCUAAAUGCCUCCAAAUUGGCUAAUAUCAGCAAUAGUGACCCUGUUUUUGAGAUGAUCUCCCAUCCCAAGUAUGGGAAGGUGGUGCGAACAAAACCUAAAAUGUCCAAAAGAGCUGUACCAGCUCAGUCUUUCACCUUUCAAGAGGUGAUGCAGGAGAAGAUAGCCUUGGAGCUGAAUGCCAACAUGACAGGAGUUCAGGAACUAAAUGACUCAUUGGUGUUUGUGCUGAAAGCUGAUAACAUGCCGCCUGCUAAAGGGGAGUUGCACUUUAUAAUCGUGCCAUAUGAUCCAGCACUUUUCCCAACCACAAAGAGUCCUGUCGCAACCACAUCAUCGGCUCCUCUGACACCAUUACAGACGUCCAGAAAUGAAACUGCUUCGUCAGUCCUUUCUACAGCUUUCCUCUCCACCCAGCAGCCAAGUAAAAACCAGCAGAAAUUCAAGGGACGCGACCGAUGGGGAAACUCUAACAGAACUAGCAUUUUGAGCACGACUCUUGGCAAACCAACACGUGGAACAGAGGAUUUUCCCUUCAGGAACACACCAGUACGCGUAGAGUCCUACCCUCAAAAAACCUCCAAUCCACUGCUGGUUAUCUUACCACUGCUGGCCCUGCUGCUGCUCGUAAUCAUCUUUGUAGUCCUGGUUGUCUUUCUUCGACAUCAACGGCAAAGGAAGCAGAGCGCUACCGCACAAAAGGAACCAUCUUCCAAUGGUCUUCCAAGCAGUCAGUCCUACCAGGGCCAAACCCAGAGAAGCACAACAGUUCCCACAGUGACUGUCACUCCAUUAAACCACCCCUGCCCAGGUAGCCCUGUUCUAGAUCGUUUGAUGACACCAAGUCAAGGGUCAGCUUACAACACAUUGGAUUCCCACAUGUUCAUAAGUUCUUGGAGUAAUAAUUCCCCAACGUCAUCUUCCCAAAUAAUUCAAACAGCCACUCCCACACUGCAGAAGAGUCAGUACUGGGUAUGAUCUGCCACAAAACAACUUGUAGCUAAACGUGUUGGAGAAUACUGUUACAGGUUUUGACACCAGAUUGAAAUGUGUUGCGUGUACAUAAGGGGAAUUUCUGCAUUUCUGAACUUGGGCCCUAUGUGUACAUGUUUUGGUGUUGAAAUGAUUCAUACCAAAAGUUUUCAGAUUACAGUUCAAGUCUAGUAGAUCACCUCUCUGGUCACAGUUGUUGCUUCAUCGAGAUUGUCGAAUAGGCUAAAUAUUUUGCCCUGACUUUUGAACGAAAUGGCAAAAUUCCUCAAAAUAGCUCUAAACUCCUCUCUCCAACUCUUACUCAUGUUUCCACUGUCGUCUUCCUGCAGCAGCUCGGAUCUCACAAGAUUUCAGAGACUUCCCCUUGAGAGAGACUUGUGCGUCUGAUUACAAAACAGAUCUUAUUCUUGGACAAAAAGGUCUAUCUCCAUAUGAAUAAUUUCUGUAAUGUUGUCAGACACUGACAGUAACAGCCUCAGACUGCAAGUAGCAAGAACAAUUGGACAGAGCUUUAAGUCUCAGUUGCCCCAAAAGAUUGUGUUGCAGCAAUUAACAGCUGUGUCGCAGCUGCCAGCUGCAGAGAUCCACCGGACCAGUUCCAAAACUUUUGAUAAGGAUGAAUCAUGGACAGACCAAAGUGUGUAAUCAUAUGGCUCGGGUUUAAAAAUACUGAAAUUAUCCUUCAACUGAGGCUGCUGUUGUAGGUUAUUAGCUUAAAGCUGCAUCAACCAAUAUUUUGCUAUUAAUACUGAAUCAAAUAACUGUGCCACGUGUAUGUUUCAGCUCGUAGCGACAACCUGAGAACUAUCACCUAACUCUGCAACUUCAUGGAGCUUUUUUCCUCUUCUAGCAAAUUUUUUUGUUUAUUACAGCACAUUACUGUGAGGUUGUAUAGGCAGCAACAAGCAGCAAUUACCUAAUGACAAUUAGUUAGAAACUACCUAAGGAAGCAAAUCAAACAUUAAACAAGCUCAAGAUCAAGCUUUUAGGAGUGUUGGAGGAGGCUUGAAUGUCACUGUAUGGCCAGAAACUCAGCUCUUGCUCUCUUGAUGUGUAAUUAGGCAAUUGAUUGCUAGCAACUUCGCAAGAAGGCUAUAAUACUGUAUCUGAAUGGUUGUGUAUACUAGCUUGUUUUUGACCCCUAGUGGUCAGUUGAUUGAUUCAAUUGAUUCAUGCAGCUUUAUGGAAGGAUAUAGGAGAAAUUAGCCACAGUAAUUUACAACACAUUAAGGAGAAUCAGGACAGCUUUAGGUUUUCUUUGAGUCUAUUGAAACACUGGUUAAAGAUCCAACACCAACCACUGCUGUACAUUGAGCUGGUGGGACAGACUUUGUUCGCUCGAGCAUUUACAAAGCGUUGUCAUUGUGUUACAUUAUAACCUAUGUUUGGUGCCUAAUAUAUGUAUAAUUGCUCCAUUGUUACCUGGUCCUCAUGCACGUUGAAGUCUUCCAUUGUGAACUAUGAUCAUGCGAAGUGGAAGAUGAUGCUAAUGACAGCUUGAAACUGUGAAAUACUAAGACUGGCACUAGCCGUAAAGAUGUCCUCGCUAAGCAUUUCAAUUGAUUGUGCAGAUUUUAUAUUGUGGUUAUGUAUUAUAUAUUAUAGUAUAGUGACUUUUUGUAAACUCAGGUAUUUUGUUAAAAUUCAUUUUACUUCAUGGUACCAUUAAUAAGGGUUGCAUGUGUUGUUAAGAAUUGACUAUGUUUAUUUUAAAACUGACAGUUUUGUCACAAAAGGCCCCCAGCAUGGUUGUAUAUGGAAAUGGGAGGUUAAAACGGCCAAUUUUGUACCACUAUUACCAUUUUUUUUUCUAUAGCCCUGAUCAAAACACACUGGUUAAGAUGUUAACACUGUUUUUAAUGUUUUUUUUCUAUUUUACUAUGCAUAGUAUUUAUAUAUUUUCAACAACUCUGCACGAAAAAUCAAGGCACUGAUCUUAAAGGUUACACAAAUAUACACUGUAUUACACCGCCUUCACCUCAGUGAUUCAAAUUCAAAUAGGAAGCAUUAUGCGUAAUCUGUUUUCUAGUUUGCCAACAGUCUGGUCUAAAACAAGCUAAUGUCCAUCUUAUACAUCGAACUAUGACAGACACAAUGAGAAUAUCUUUGACUGAAAUGAGUGCUGGUAUUUAUAUUGAUUAUUUAACACUUGUGUCACCUGAGUCCUGACAUUAUCUACUGUAGGCAUUUUUCUUGUUUGACACUGUAAUAAUGUAUCUACUGUAAAUUAAAGGCUAUGGGAGAAGAGAAAUAGCUGUCACAGAUAAAAGAAUACUGUAAACUGAUGUUAUGAAAUCAUUUUGUACUGAAGAGUCUAUCCAGUGUAUUCCGUCUCAUUUGAAUGAUGUAACCCGAAGUGUCAUAUUUAUUUAUACCAUAUUUUUAAUAAACCACUUUAAAACAUU